AUGUUGCGAUUUUUUCUUCCGAAGUCGAGUCCAGAAGUACAUGAGGACUUGAUAACAGAUUUUUUAGAGUAUAGACAGACUGUCCGACAUGGUUUCCCAUCCCACGUAUCCUGUUUCGCCUAUGACAAAGUACUCAGUUUACUCGCUAUUGGUAGCUUAGAUGGAGACAUAAACAUAUACGGAGGAAAUGGUUAUAUGUGGAGUACAGAGAUACCGGGGAAAAAAGGCAUAGGGAAAAGUGUGGCUCAUAUGUAUUUCGCUAGCGGGCUUGGAGUUUUAAUUGUUUUAUGUCGAGAUGCCACAUUUGUGCGAUUCUCUUUAGAAGGUUCACAGUUAUCAGCACGUUCUGUUUUACAUGAGACAAGACUGAAAAAGAUUACAAGCUGCUGUAUGAUGGAGAGGGUUAAUAUUCAAGAUGCUAUGCUUCUCAUAGGAACUGUUUCCGGUAAUGUGUUUGCUCUAGACAUUACUACAUUAGAACUGUCUGAAUACAUUGUGUUUGAGGAUGCGUUGUUGCAACGAAUUCCUGAAAGUUCGAGGAGGGAAAAAUACCCCGUAGAUUUGUUAUCCGUUUGUCCAACAAAUCCAAGGCUGACAAUAAUGGUGUUUGAUCAUCGACAUCUCAUUGCUUAUGAUUCCGCACGAAACGAAGUUAUGGGAAGCAGUACGUUUGAUGUGCAGUGCAAGAACAUCACAUGGUCACGAAAUGGAGGUGUUUUCGUUGUUGCAUUGCAUGACGGUUCGUAUGCUUCUUGCAAUCCAACCACAGGUGCAGUAAUUGAGAGACCACCACUGGUAUUCGGACCAUUUCCAUGUACACCCGCAAAAAAGGCAUUCUUGGCCGAAACGUCGAGCUCGAGUGAGCGAAUAGUGCUGUUCUCUGGUGGUAUGCCUCAUGCAUCUUAUGGUGAUCGUUUUACUGUCACUGCUCGACAAGCUGAUCGCACCUGUGUCUUUGACUUUUCUAGUCCGGUCAUCGAUUUUCUUCUGACAUAUGGAGGCGAGCUUGAUUUCUGCUUAUGCAUUUUCGUACAGUGUCCUCCUUCUGACAGCUACCACACGUGUGCUCUUGUCCUGACCGAGAACGAACUUGUAUGCAUUGAUCUGAGAGACCGUUACUGGCGAGUUAUAGCAACCGAGCAGAUGUUUCCAUUGCAUGCCAGUCAGAUUGCUGCAGAAGCAGUACGGCUCAAUCGCAAAUACUCAACAGGAAAAUGGCCAUUAAAUGCGAGGAUACCAGUUUCAGGCGAAACUCGCAGUGGAAAAGAGGUGACGAAGCGGCAACUCUACCUCACUGGACAUGAAAAUGGUACGGUUCGGGUGUGGUGUGCUGGGCACGCUGAUAUGAAAUUGUUGUUUGUUAUUGAUACUCGUAACGAAUUCCAUGGAUUUUCUGAAGUGGACAAAGACGACGCCGAAAAAGAGCCUGCUGUUUAUGAUACCGAAAGCUCCGACGACGAAUUCCAGUUCACCGGAGAGUGGCCUCCGUUUAAAAAAGUUGGCGACUAUGAUCCAUUUUGUGACGAUGCUAGUUUGUCAAUUCAAAAGGUGGUAUUUGAUGAAAAAUCAGGUCACAUCGUUAUUGGUGCACGUGGCGGCCACGUGCUUCUUUAUUCCAUUGAAGAGACUGAAAAGGUACUGACUCCUCAACCUCUGAACGUUGAGUUAUUUGAGUUGUCGAAGUUGUCAACAACUGGUCGAAAUAAUAAGCCAUUGCCGCUUCGUAACGUGCCAUUGAAAUACUUCGCGGGGUAUCAGCCAUAUUCUCCGGAUCCUCAGAAUAAAAGUGUGCUGGUACAGUUACAACCUGCUUUGGCUGUAUCAGCUGUAGCAGUUUUGUCUUCUCGUCAUCUUAUCGCUGCUUCAAACGAAUAUGGUUUCGCUCUCAUUGAUAUUAACAAACAAACUGUUCUGCUUCAGAACAGUUUGGUUAAUCAGUCUGAUAUGCCUCAUGUGGGUGCGCUAGACGACGCAUUAUCACGUUUCAAGAGCAUGAAAAAGUCCAUCAGGCAGACGUUCCGAAGGAAAAAGAAGACGCCGGUAGCAUCACUUGAUAAUACUAUUGGCACUAUAAACAGUGAAUCUUCUGCUAAAGAAAUUUCUGGGAAUAACACUUCCAAAGUGUUCAGUGAUAACGAAGACGAUGAAAUUGAGGUAACAAAACCUGUUGAAAGACUAAUCGAAGAACGCGGAGCAUGUCCAUUGGAGUCACCAGCGUGGUUCAUUCGAUCGUUGAAGUUUCUUAGUGUCCCAGUAUUGGGAAUUGCGGGGGCGAAUGAUAUCUUUGUUGUUGGUACGAAUGGAGGAAAGCUAAUGAUCUAUACAAUCACAGAUCAACCUCGGGCUGAAGAUGUAUGCAAAAUGCUCAAAACUAUUGCAUUGAGACAUUCGGCACCCAUAAUCCAUAUUGACGUUAUCAUGGAACCCGGCGCAAGACAGGCGUCUUCGGCUCGCCUCAUUAUUUUCACUGAGGAACAAAUUCGUAGCUAUUAUUUCCCGAGCCUAAAGCCGUCUCGCUACAAGUUGAAAUUAACAAGUACAGAGGGUUUGCGGAUUCGAAAGGCGUCCAUUGUCAGUCUUCACAAUUCUAAUGAUCUCUCGAAUUGCGAGACCUUUGCCGCAAUUGUUAAUAAUCAUGGCGAAGUAGCCGUUUAUUCGCUAUUAAAUUCAAAGAAGUAUGGAAAGUUUUCAGUGGUUAAGACCACUGACAUUGCUGGUAUCUCAUCAAUGCUGAUAACACCAUACGGUGAGUUAUUGUUUUUGAGACAAGGUGGUUCAGAGCUACAACGUGCUACCAUAUCUGAACACUCGUUGCCGUGGGUGAUGCCUUGUCAUGGGCAGAAGUGGCCUGAACCAAUUACCCAAAUAAAUACCGUCCAGAUCGUGUGA